AUGAGCACCGAGCAGGCAAGGGGUUGUAGGAGAGGUUUGAAUCCAGACGAGCGGAUGGAGGUAGCCCUGAGGGAUGGGCUCUCCAAGGACAGGUCCGGGAUCGAUAGCAAUCCCGUUUACAGAAAACUUAAUGAAGAAACCAGUCAACCACAGUACGACACGAUGUGGGAUUUUUGGGAAGCGUAUGAAAGGAAAUAUCCAGGAUCGGACUUACGCAAUAUGGAAAACAUGAAGCAUAUCGCUGAAGCUGUAGGACGCUCAACCCCUAGCAGACUAGAUAAAAAGACAAAAAGAGCAACUAUCAAAACAGUACAGAACAAGAUGCGAAAACUCAUGUCGAUAUAG